AUGCACCCAAAUCCUAAAGUUGGCAUUGUUUUUGCUGGUCAAACUGGUGUUUCUGGUGGGAAAGCAGAUCAGUUGUGGUAUCCUGAAGGUGUAUUCAUUGAUGAAAGUGACGCUAAUGGUCCUCUCUAUAUUUGUGAUUCAAACAAUCAAAGAAUACAAAAAUGGUUGCAGGGUGCAGCCAGCGGCACAACUGUUGCUGAUGGUGGUAGGGCUGAAGGAUUAACUACAUUCACUUAUCCGAAGGAUAUUAUUCUGGACCGAAUAGGAAAUCAGAUGUACAUAGCAGAGAGUAACCACCAGCGUAUCGUUCGUUAG